GCAGUCGUGCGUCGUGCGUCUAUUUAUACACCAAAACGCUAUUUGUGAGUAGGGUUUCAGCAACAGGCUCGGCAUUCCGCCUCGUAGCUCUAUAAAAGAAGCCCGGAAGACGGCUCGCUCCAAGGACUUUUUCAAAGCUGCCCAAUAUGCCAAUGCGCAACUGCUCAGCCAAGAGACCGGACCAGUGGGAUGAGAGAGGUGCGUGAAAACCACCGCAGCGCCUCACACAAACCAGCCUCCAGCCGCGAGACUGUCCCCACACGGACUUCCCCACACUCCCAUAAUAAUCAGGUGAGGCUUCUCUCUAUGACCGUCCUUCUGCCGAAUCGUGGACGCCGUCGGGGGACUCCUCCGGUUACGGAAGGCAUUUGGAGCGUGUGGAAAGUACGCAGGACAAACACCGCAACUCCACGAUGACAGCGGGCUUCGGGACCGUGGAUGCGCGUAUCAAAAGUCGGGAUAUUUGAGCGGACGCGCCAUGGACGCGGCGGACAUCGUCGCCUCCGUGCUGAUCGUGGGGAUUAUCGUCGUGUCGCUGCUGUCCAACGUGGUGGUGCUGAUCUGCUUUCUGUACAACCCGGAGAUCCGCAAGCAGGUGCCCGGCCUCUUCAUCCUCAACCUGUCGCUGUGCAACCUGUUGCAGAGCGUGUCCAGCAUGCCAAUAACUCUAGUGGGGCUCAUCACCACGGGCCACCCCGGGGGAGACGGCUUCUGUCAAAUCGUGGGCUUCCUCGACACCUUUCUCACCACCAACUCCAUGCUCAGCAUGGCAGCGCUCAGCAUCGACCGAUGGGUGGCCGUGGUGUUCCCGCUGAGCUACCACUCCAGGAUCCGGCACCGGGACGCCGUGGUGGCGCUGGGAUACACGUGGAUCCACUCGCUGUGCUUCUCCACGGUGGCCACGUGCCGCUCGUGGGUCGGCUACCACCACCUGUACGCGUCGUGCACCCUGUGCAACGUGCGCGCGAAGGGUGCCGGCACGCAGUUCAUCGUCUUCACCGUGGCUCUGCACUCGCUCACCUUCCUCCUCACGCUCGUCGUGCUGUGCGUAACGUAUCUGAAAGUGCUGAAAGUGGCGCGGCUCCACUGCAAACGCAUCGACGUGAUCACCAUGCAGACGCUGGUGCUGCUUGUGGACAUCCAUCCCAGUGUGCGCCAGAAAUGCUUGGAUGAGCAGAAGCGGAGGAGGCAGCGAGCCACCAAGAAAAUCAGUACAUUCAUUGGCACAUUCGUGGUGUGCUUCACCCCCUAUGUCCUCACAAGAAUUGUGGAGCUCUUCUCCCCGGUGCCCAUAAGCUCCCACUGGGGCGUGCUGGCCAAGUGCCUGGCCUACAGCAAGGCGGCGAGCGACCCCUUCGUCUACUCGCUGCUGCGGCACCAGUACAGGAAGACCUGCGGCCUGCUGGCCAACAAAAUCCUCAAGCGCAGCCCGCUCCACUCGUCCUCCCUGCGGAUGGAGAGCAACGCGCAGAGGGGCCGCGACCCACGCGGCCCGAGCAACAGCGUCCCAUCGUCCGCCAACAAGCUGCUCGGCCCGUAGAGGUUCCAGGAAACAUGCAGGGUGUUUUCCAGAGUCAGUGAGUUUGGGAAUUUACGUCUUUCAUCGAGGGACACCGGAAGAGACGCUCAGAGAAGUCUUAAUCACUCUUUCCUGCCGGGUUCUGAGUCCGUGUCUUCGCUACUGUCAACAAAUAUAAAUGAAAAGAACCGGACUGAACAACAAACAAGCCGAGGACGGUUCUUGAAGUUCCUGAGCUCAUGUCACCGAGGUCUGCGCCACAGAAGAACAAGCCACGUUUGGCUCGGAGACUCAUAGUAACGGACAGCGAGUUGAAAAUAAUAGAAUAUCUGUGAUUGGAAAUAACAGAUCAACCACUUUUGUAGGUUGUGUGUGUACAGUAGAUUGUAACGGCAUUAACUAUAUCGCUACAGCCUUUUCCUGUAAAGGUUCAUACAGUAGUUUUUAGUUGGUUGGUUUUGUAGCAAACUGUGACUUUGUAUGUAACAUGGACAGUAACAUGAUGACUAAUGGUGUCAAAUGUGUCAGUAAACCAGUUGGGAACAAAACAGCCGCAAUUUCAAAUCUCAGAAAUGGGCUGAGUCGUAAAUUUGAAGUAUUAACGUUCUGUUACUGUCAAAGUUUUCAUCAAACCGGUGACGUAUCGACCCAGAUGUUAUGGAGUGUUUCUAUUACCUCAAGUCACUGCGGGUGCAAAUGAGGAGCAGGUACUGACCCGGUUUGCCUCCUGCCUGAAGUGAAUGACUGACUGAUUCAUAACUUCUGACCUCAUUGCUGAUUCUCUACCUGGGAAGAGUACUGUAAGCGUUCAAGCAGCGAUUUGACACUGAUUCUCACUGUAACCAUGCGGGGGUUGGGAGCGCGGCGCCAUUGUUUUAUGUGACGUUAUGUCGUACUGUAGCUGUGAGGCCUGCAUUCUAAAGUGCCUUUUAUGAUCAUGAAAUCUGAUGCUAUCACAACCCGACAGGAGAAAAUGUUGUGUUUGAGUAUUUUAUGGGUUGGUUGCGUGUGAUGACAGUCUGUAAAGCAGCUUGGUCAUAUUGAAGGAAAGUAUUAGGUAAUGUUUUUGUGUUUUCCCACCACGCUGUGUUGGUACAUCAGGCAAACAGGGCGACGUGUUAUUUGAAUGUGGUACAGUAGCCAGCUAUUCUGUGACGUGUAAUUAACAUUCCAGCUCAUGAUACGUGAGCAGCUGUGUGUAAAAAUGUCUUAUUUGGACAACAACGGACAAUAAGGAUGUUGUGUUGACUUUACUGUGACAUUAUGGAGCCUUUAAAAGGUAUAAAUCUAUUUAUUUUUGUCAAACGGUGUCUGAUUUUUGCUAAAUACAUUUGUGAUUAUAUUGCAAUAAAUGCUGUGCAUUUUAAAAUGAAAACAU